AUGACAGAGCUUCUCUUCGAUGGACAAUUUGAUUGCUUGGACGGCAGCGGUGAGCAAUUGAAAUUAGAUCAACAGCUAUGUUAUCAAACUCUGUCUAUGAACUGUGAAGAACAUUUACCUUGUGCUGACUUAAUCCGUCUCUACAUCAGAUUAAAGAAGGAAAUUUCGCAUCAGCAACCGUUUGAUAUAAAACAUGAACUAACGAAAAAAUGUAAUGGGCAAGCGGACUGUGCUGAUGGUUCAGAUGAGGAGUACCAACAGGUUAACUGGAAAUCUAUCCCAUGUGCAGAAGCAAAUGAUGCAGGUUGUCAACUACUUCAACAAGCUAACGACAUGACUUUAGUUAAUAAUGAAUUCACAUUCAAAUAUCAAGAUCUUUGUAAUUCUUUCUGGCAUGCGCGCCAUAUGGCAUCGAUGAAAUGUCCACCGAACUGGAGCCAAUAUGAUCGAAAUGAUACAGCAUUACAAAAUGGGAAUUGUAUUCCCCCGCGUAGUAUUUGCGAUGAUGAAUGGAAUGCUAUCGAUGGGUAUGGAAAAGUUGAUUGUUUAGGAGGUCAAGAUGAAUCCAACAGAUACUGUCAGCAUCCCGCGAAUCUAUUAACUAAACGCUAUUGCAAGCCAGGAAUAUUUGAUUGUGCAUUAUGUAUAUCUAGGACCAAAUGCAAAUUUUCACGAUCCAGCCUGUUCAAAAGGAAAAGUACUCGCUGCAAUAAACUUAAAGAAUGCCCUCGGUAUGGCUCCGAUGAACAAACAUGUCAUGCUCCAGUAACUUCGAAAGAUAAAUAUUCGACGAAGGCUAAGAAAGCUGUUGUUAAAAUUACGAAGUCCGACAACGAAGACUAUGAUUAUACUAUUGAUGAUCAGUUUGUCUGGGCUUGUGAUUGUGGGAUACCAAUUGAAGUGAUAAGAUCCAGAACAUUACAAUUUGUUUGUCUAUGUCCAUCAAGCUCAUGGCGCUCAAUCCGGCAAUAG